UUUUUAUCGAAAACUCAUGAUAAUAUAAGCGUGAGAAAAUAAGUGAAUAUUUCCAAAGGCUCAUAUUCGAAGACAGAAGUUACUUCAUAGAAUAAAAUCAUGUCAAUUUCUGAAGAAUAUUUAACGCUGUUCGAAGCGUCUAAGAAUAAGCUACUACGACGAGAUAUCCCUUUCAGAUAUUAUAUCUGGAUUUUAAUAGAUGCCGUGUUUAUGAUACUGACGACUACAGCUGUACUUAUCCUGUUUACCAAAUUGCAAAUAAUUUCUAGUUUCUUUAAGCAUCAUUUUCAUAUGACCUUUGUUAUUGGAUUUGUCGGUGUCAUUCUACCACUUCCAAUAAUAACUAUGACAAACUUCUUGUCAAACGUCUUCUGUGUUCAUUUGCUGCUUGGAAGUACAGUUUUACUGUGGUCCGUUAGCUUGGCUGCCAGCUUUGGAACUGCUGACAUGUUCUAUGGAUUGAUAUCACUGAUUUUUACAAUUGUGAUUACAAUCACGACUGUGGCGUUGGCAUUGACAUUACCAUCAAUGGAUGAUGAUCAGUUAGUUGUCUUUACCACAAUAUCAUCUACCCUUUUGAUUUUAUCAACCAUCUUGAUAAUAUUUAAUGUCACCAUACAACCGAAUACAUCGAUCUUCAG